UUAUAUUUUUAAUUCGGUGGUUUACUUUUUUAAUGGUUCUUGUCCUUAGCCCAUAUUUUUUUGUUUUCUUUUCCUCUUUGACAGCCUACUCAAAUAGCACCAAAACCCAGCAUACGAAGGCAACCAAAAAGAGCCGGUAGAGAGACACAAAGAAACAAAAUAAAGGAGAGUUGCACCAGAAAAAGAUCACUCAGACUCAGUAAUGGGUUGAGACAAGAAAAGGGCAAAACCCAAGCAUCCAUUUUUUUUCAAUAAUAGUUGCUAAUAAUCAAAACCCAGAAACCGUACUUUCUUUUUUUUUUUUUUUAUGGUAACUUGUAACAGUUUUGGAGACAACAGUUACCGGUUACUAGUUGCUUUUUUACUUGCAUAUUUGGACCGUAAUUGGAUUAUCUUGAUCAGGAAUUAAGCACAAGGACUGAGAGAUUUGAACUUUCAUAUUAUUUCUCAACAUUAAAAGUGGCUAGUUUGUAGUUAUAAAAAACUGGUUCUGGGCUGAUCCAUCACCUCCUUUUCGUAAUUAAGAGUUGUAAUCCGUGGUCAGAAUCAGGAAGUGGUGGUAUUGAGGACUAAAGUCAUGGCAACUGUGAAGCAUGCGGAUUCUAAAGGCAUGUACUCAUGGUGGUGGAACAGCCACAUAAGCCCUAAAAAUUCAAAAUGGCUCCAGGAGAAUCUCACAGAUAUGGAUACUAAAGUCAAGCAAAUGAUCAAGCUCAUUGAAGAAGAUGCUGAUUCCUUUGCUAGGCGAGCAGAGAUGUAUUACAAGAAACGCCCAGAGUUAAUGAAAUUGGUAGAAGAGUUUUAUCGAGCAUACCGUGCAUUGGCUGAAAGAUAUGAUCAUGCAACUGGGGUGCUUCGUCAGGCUCAUCGGACCAUGGCGGAAGCAUUUCCAAGCCAAGUUCCCAUGGUAUUUCCAGAUGACUCACCAGGAGGUUCUGCUACCGAGGUUGAUCCCCGUACACCUGAGAUGCCACAACCUGUACGUGCGUUAUUGGAGCCUGAUGAGCUGCAGAAGGAUGCUGUGGGACUCUCUUCACAUGCUAUCAAGAGGAAUGGAGCAUUCACUGAAGAAUCUGAAUCUGCAGGGAUCAGAAAGGGUCUGAAACAGUUCAAUGAUUUGUUUGGUUCUGAAGAAGCUACAAACCAUGUCAAGUAUGCAGAAGGAAGGGCAAGAAAAGGCCUUAACUUUCGUGAUAUAGAGGACAAAGAACAAAGUCCGCAAAACAAUGGGGACCCCGAUCUCAGGGUUCGAGUCCCAUCUGAGUCCGAACGAGUGAGUAAAGCUGAGAUGGAAAUAUUAACCUUGAAGAAUGCUCUUGCUAAAUUACAAGCUGAAAAAGAAGCUGGCCUACUUGAGUACCAGCAGAGUUUGGAGAGAUUGUCUAAUCUAGAGAGAGAAGUCUCUCGUGCACAAGAAGAUUCCCAGGGGCUUAAUGAACGAGCAAGUCAAGCUGAAACUGAAGUUCAGAUUUUGAAGGAUGCCCUCACCAAAUUAGAGGCUGAAAGAGAAGCUAAUCUUGUUCGACACCAGCAGUGCUUGGAGAAGAUAAAUAAUCUUGAGAAUAAUAUUUCUCUUGCUCAAAAGGAUGUUGGAGAACUGAAUGAGCGAGCUGUUAAAGCAGAAACCAAAGCUCAAGCAUUAAAGCAGGAUCUUGCCAGAGUAGAAGCUGAAAAGGAGGAUGCUUUUGCUCAAUACAAGCAGUGUUCAGAGACAAUAAGCAAUCUGGAAGAAAAAUUAUUGAAUGCUGAAGAAAGUGCCAGAAGGAUGCUUGAACGAGCAGAGAAAGCUGAAAGUGAACUUGAAACUUUAAAGCAAGUAGUUGUUGAGCUAACCAAAGAUAAGGAAGCAGCUGCUCUUCAGUACCAGCAGUGCUUAGAGACAAUAUCUAGCCUGGAAAACAAACUUGCUUGUGCCCAGGAGGAGGCUCAAAGGCUCAACAGUGAGAUAGAUGAUGGAGCUGCAAAGUUAAAAGGUGCUGAAGAAAGGUGUAGUCUGUUGGAGAGAACCAAUCAGAGUCUGCAUACUGAAUUGGAGUCUUUGAUGCAGAAGAUGGGGAAUCAAAGUCUAGAACUAACAGAGAAGCAGAAGGAGUUGGGGAGACUUUGGACCUCCAUACAAGAGGAACGCUUGAGAUUUAUGGAGGCUGAAACAGCAUUUCAAACUCUGCAGCAUUUGCACUCUCAAUCUCAGGAAGAACUCAGAACUCUGGCCUCGGAGCUUCAGAAUAGGGCUCAAAUUUUACAGGACACUGAAACUCGUAAACGGGGUUUAGAGGAUGAACUACAGAGUGUCAAGGAGGAGAACAUGGGCCUGAACGAACUCAAUUUAAGUUCAGCAGUGUCCAUUAAGAAUUUGCAAGAUGAGAUCUUAAGCUUAAGGGAGACUAUAGCAAAACUUGAAGCAGAAGUUGAACUUAGAGUGGACCAAAGAAAUGCUCUUCAGCAAGAAAUUUACUGUUUGAAAGAGGAACUCAAUGACUUCAACAAGAGACACCAUGAUAUGACAGGGCAGCUGGAGUCUGUUUGCUUAAAUCCAGAAAACUUUGCAUCAUCUGUGAAGGAAUUGCAGGAUGAGAACACAAAGCUAAAAGCUGUCUGCGAAAGAGACACAGAUGAAAAGCUGGCCCUCCUAGAGAAGUUGAAAAUCAUGGAAAAACUUACUGAAAAAAAUGCCUUUUUAGAGAAUUCACUCUCAGAUUUGAAUGUCGAGCUAGAAGGUGUUCGGGGGAGAGUAAAGACAUUGGAAGAAUCCGGUCAAUCUCUUUUAAGUGAGAAAUCCACCCUUGCUGCAGAGAAGGACACACUCAUUUCUCAUUUACAGAUUGCAACUGAGAAUCUGGAGAAGCUUUCAGAGAAGAAUAACUUUCUGGAGAAUUCUCUUUUUGAUGCAAAUGCCGAACUUGAAGGAUUCACGGCAAAUUUACGUAGGUUAGAAAAUUCAUACCUGUUGCUUGGUAAUGAGAAGUCUGGCCUGAUAACUCAGAGAGAAGGUUUGAUUUCUCAGUUGGAUGUCAGUCAGAAAAGGCUGGAAGAUUUAGAAAAAAGAUAUCAGAGAUUAGAAGAAAAAUAUGUGGGUCUGGAGAAAGAGAGAGAAUCAACGCUUCGUGAAGUAGAAGAGCUGCAAAAGUCACUAGCGGUUGAAAAGCAAGAACAUGCUAGUUUUGUGCAGUUGAAUGAAACCCGAGUAACUGUUAUGGAAUCUCAGAUCCAUUUUCUACAAGGGGAAAGUCUGUGUAGGAAGAAAGAAUUUGAAGAGGAACUGGACAAAGCCAUGAAUGCUCAGGUAGAAAUUUUCAUCUUGCAGAAAUGUGCACAAGAUCUGGAAGAGAAGAAUUGGUUCCUAUUGCAUGAGUGUAGGAAACUCUUGGAAGCCUCCAAAUUAUCAGAAAAACUUAUCUCUGAAUUGGAGCUUGGAAAUUCCGAAAAGCAGAUGGAGAUAAAAUCCUUAUUUGAUCAAAUUGCCAUCCUGAGGAUGGGGCUUUAUCAGAUGUUGAGGACUCUUGAGAUUGAUGGCCUCCAUGGUUAUGAUGAUAAGAUCAAACAAGACCAAUCAGUUCUUGACCAUGUAUUUGGGAGACUCCAAGAGACGCAAAAUGCACUUCUAAAGUCUCUGGAUGAAAAUCAGCAAUUUGUAAUUGAGAAUUCAGUUCUUAUUGCACUGCUUGGGCAACUGAAACUAGAGGCAGAAAAUCUUGCUACAGAGAAGAAUUCACUGCACCAGGAGUUGAAGCUACAGUCGGAGCAGUUUUCAGAGCUGAAAAACAGAGCUGAAAAACUUGCGGAUAUGAAUGAAGAACUGAGAUCACAAGUGAUAGAGAGAGGCCAAAGAGAAGAAGUUUUGCAGACUGAAAUAGGAAGUGUUCGUGGGAAACUGUUAGUAUUACAAAGGGAAUAUCAGAGUUCACUGGAAGAGAACUGCAAGGUGCUAGAUGAGAAAAGGUCUUUGAUGAAGGAAGUUUUGGACUUGGGCAAGGUGAAACAUAUUCUUGAAGAGGAAAACUGUGCUGUCUUUGCUGAAGCAAUAUCUCAAAGUAACAUUUCUCUUAUUUUCAAGGAUAUUAUUGCUGAUAAUUUUGAGGAAAUAAAGCAUCUCAGUGACAAUCUGGAUAGACUCAAAUGUGUCAAUAAUGAUCUUGAGGGAAAAGUGAGGAUAAUGCAGAGAAAGUUUGAAGAUAUGCAAAUGGAAAACUCACAUCUCAAAGAUUCAAAGAAAAACUUGGAGAAUGAACUGGUAUCAGUUAGAUCUGUUGGUGAUCAGUUAAAUGAUGAAAUUGCAAAGGGAAAGGAUCUAUUGUGCAAGAAGGAGAUUGCACUUUUGGAAGCAGAACAAAUGCUCAGUGCAAGUCAAGAGGAUAGAGCCCAAUUGCAUAAAGUUUUGGAGGAUCUGAAGACUAAAUAUGAGGAGGUCAAGCUGAUAGGAGAAGAUCAAAGGAAGCAAAUACUGAAACUAUCUGGAGACUAUGAUAAUCAAAGGAAGGAGACUGAAAGCAUUCGUCAGGCUAAUCAGAAAUUUGAGGUUGAAUUUACGAAACUGAAUGAGGAACUUGAAGAAAGGAAGCAUAAGGAGGAGAGUUUGAGUGUUGAACUACAAAAGGGAAGAAAUGAGGUUGAACUUUGGGAAACGCAGGCUGCUGCAUUAUUUGGUGAGCUACAGAUUUCUGCUAUCCGUGAAGCAUUGCUUGAACAGAAGGCUCAUGAGCUCAGUAAGGAAUGUGAAGUCCUUGAAAGUAGAAGUAAUUCCAAAGCUAUGGAGGUAGAAGAGCUGGAAAGAAGUGUUAGAAUCUUGGAACAUGAGAAUGGAGGACUUAAAGCUCAGUUGGCAGCAUAUGUUCCAGCCGUCAUUUCUCUCAUGGACAGUGUAACAUCUUUGGAGAGUCGAACUCUCUUGCAUUCUAAACAUCCCACAGAUUACAAUGAAGAAGUAAAGGAUGUUAAUCUGGGGACUGAAUUGUCUGCUGAAAACCAUCAACAAACAAGUGAAGAUCGAAUUGCCUCAGUUCCAGAUGGUUUUUCUGACUUGAAGGGUAUCCAUAUGAGAAUUAAAGCUAUUGAAAAGGCAGUGCUGGAAAUGGAAAAGCUUGCAACGCUGGAAAACUUAAAUCUCAAUUCCAAACUAGAGACUGCUAUGAGACAGAUUGAAGAGUUAAGAUUUGGAAGCAACUCACGUCGAGAAAGUGUUAGAGCAAAAAGGCGCGUGAAUGCUAGAAAAGAAGGGGGGGAACUUGGCCAUGGGCUCAGUAACAAUGUCAAAAUGCAGAGACCAACACCUGAAAUCUCUGAAGAGGACAAUGAGAUGAUGACAAAAGACAUUAUGCUUGAUCAGAUAUCUGAGUGCUCAUCCUAUGGGUUAAGCAGGAGAGAAACUGCAGAGGUUGAUGAUCAGAUGCUUGAGUUGUGGGAGGCCACCGAACAUGAUGGUAACAUCGACUUGAAAGUCAGCAAGGCCCAGAAGAUGGUCACUGCACCAACUGACUACCAACAGAUUGGAACAGUGAAGGCACACAAGGGCAAAAAUCUCUCUACAGAAUCUCUUGUGAAGGAGUUGGGUGUAGAUAAUGAGUGCUCUAAGGGAUCUACAGAACCCAACCAAGAAGGAAGCAAGAGGAAAAUUUUAGAAAGACUUGAUUCUGAUGCACAAAAGUUGGCAAACCUUCAAAUAACUGUGCAGGAUUUGAUGAGGAAGGUGGAGAUAACUGAGACGAGCAAGAAGGGGAAAGGUAUUGAAUAUGGUACAGUGAAAGAGCAACUAGAAGAAGCUGAGGAAACCAUCCUGAAACUAUUUGAUGUGAAUCGCAAAUUGAUGACACAUGUUGAAGACGUUUCCUGGUCUCUUGAUGGGAAAUCAGCCUUAGAAUCAGAUGAGAGUGGGAGUGUUAGGAGGCGGAGAGUAUCAGAACAAGCUCGAAGAGGGUCUGAAAAGAUUGGGCGGUUGCAGUUGGAGGUGCAGAAAAUACAGUUUCUAUUACUGAAGCUUGAUGACGAAAAGGAAAGCAAAGGACGGACCAGAAUCAUGGAACGUAAAACUAGAGUUUUAUUGCGGGACUAUCUUUAUGGUGGGGUAAGAACCAGCCAACAGAAGAGGAAGAAAGCGCCCUUUUGCUCAUGCGUGCAACCCCCAACUAAAGGAGAUUGAGGCAAUUACUUAUCACCGGCACAUAAUCAGUGUAGUUUACUAGUAAUGAGACUUUAGCUGCAUUGUCCAUAAAUCUGCCUUCCUAGUUUUGUGUUUCACAUAUUUAUUUUCUUAUAGAGGCUUUCUUUUUAGUUUAUAGAUCCUGCUGUAUAUUUCAGGCACCAUCUAAUCCAAAGAAGCUGCACUUUUAUAGCCUAAAAGUUCCCUCCUAAAAGUUUCCUUCUUUAUACGUUUACCUUGGCAUAAAUCUGGAUUUCAACGGAAAUUAUUUUCUUCGAGGUCAAUAAAUGUUGUUUUCCAAUUUGUUAAUCUUUUGCAUAUUGCAUUGGGAGCGGCUUAAGAUUUUUCACUCUCAGCUCGUUUGCAGGGAAAUUUUGGAUAUACAAUGCUCAGAACUGUGGCCAAGUUGCUACAUUUGCUGUGAUCAAAAGAUGGUAAGUAGGCAGCUGGGUUUUGGAGGAGGACACAAGACAAUUAUAGAACACCCGCAAUUGAAUUCCCAAACUGAAUGGAGAGUCUCAUUCCAUAUGAAAUCUUCACAUCCUCCAUUCAUUUAGGUUUGUUGUAUUUUUCUUAGGGCAAUUGCAACUUGUUUCUCAACACUGAGAAGCCUUCCCUCAAUGUUGAUAAGCCCUGAUGGUGGCCUUGACGCAGGGUCUUCUCUCACAAGGGAAAAAAUUUAAUCAAAAGUCUUCCUCGCAGCCAUGAAGAAAUACUUGAACCCUUCUUCCUCAUUUGAUGCUAUUGAAAGACCUGCCAGUU